AUGGAGCUGGACAAAUUCCAUAAGUUCCCUGAACUACCGGUCGAGUUGAGGAGAGAGAUUUGGAAGCUCACUCCCCUGCACUCGCGCACAAUCGAGAUCGGAGUAGACUUUGCAGGUCCAGACGAACUCAGUGGCCUCCGGUUCUCUUCCUUCACUGACAAUCCUGGUACCCUCUCUGCCAACAAAGAGAGUCGAGAAAUUACCCUCCCAUUCUACCAAAUCAUCCUCGGAGGCGAUCACACGGUUCGUCGCGGAACUCUAUACUGCAACUUCGAUAAAGACAUUGUCUCAUUCUUCGGCGAGGACUUCGAACCUUUGGAAGGUGGCGCUGUAUUUCAACCUUUCUACACCUACCGCGGAAGAGUACAAAAGAUCAGUUGGAUUGCUAGAGAACGGUUCGAGAAGAUUCAAAAGGUCAUCAUUAAUAAUAUGCUGUGGUCUCCCCACCAAACAAAUCUCUUCCAACCCCGCGGUCCGAACCUGAGCUACGGUACAAGAACCUUUCAGAAAGGCUUAUUCUUCGGUCACUUUCCGGAGUUGAGGGAGGUUACUUUGGUUGCGAGGACUGGAAGGGAAGGUUGCGGUUGUCUUUACAAUCCUAGAUUUCAGCGUGAGGCAUUGGAGGGCAAGAUCACACGCAUGAUCAUAGAGCGUAUUGGAAGAGACUUCUUAAGUUCGAUGCUGCAAACGGAGGUGUUUGAUAAGAGGGAGGUGCUUGUCACCGGCUUUGAAUACACUUGGAGGAUGGUAUCUACGCUGACAGCUGCAGAAUGGUAG